CGUGAAUGUUGUUCGGGCGCAAUUUGUGGAGGCGCGACAAGACCUGCCGCAACUUCCUUUGCGACACUUUCUGCUCCACGACUGUGCGCAGCAAACUCCAGUUCAGAUGAUGAAUCACUUGCGAGAUGGAUCUUGUCGACGUGACUGCGAGCUGAUCGCGAAGGCUCGAAGAGAUUUGCUUCUUGUCCCAGGACCCGGAGUCCUUUGCACAGCAUGAGUCGCUCCUUCGCGAUCUACCACAAUCUACCACGGGAUGUGACGAUGAUUUAACACUGCUAUAGAGGAUGUCACUGUGAGAGGGGAAAAGCAGUACGAAAGUACGACUCUUGCAGUCCACGUACCUGAUCCAAGGCAGUGCUCAAUCUACGUCAUUCGCGGAUCAUCUUGCAUAACAAGCCGUGUUUCUCUCCAGCGAAGGGAACUCGUCUUUCUGCCAGACAUCGCUUUCUCCAGCACCCAGAGCAGGAUCCUCCCAGGCAUUGAGACAUCAAGAUGUCGACUGAUGAGAAAAACACCCGUGGACCUGCUGGAUCUGACGGCGCUCAAAAGCACAAGGAACCUACAUCUUCGAACAACAAAACUGCAAAAGAUCCGCAAGGAGACGUACCUAGCAAGGAAGAAGUCAACAAAGAGUCUUCAAAGGCAGCAAAAAAGGCUCUCGAGCUUCAGAAACACUCCAAGGAGCUCACACAAGCUGCCGCCGACGCAGGAGAUCCAGAAGAACGACAACGAUUGCUGGACGAAGCCCUCGCCAAAUCAAAAGAAGCCGAGUCAUUGGGAAAGACGGCAAAGUUCCUCAGUUCUGGUGGCUUCCAAGGCCUGCUCGCUGGUGGUGGUGUCGGCUCGAUCAUUGGCGUCGGGUUAGGCACGUUAGUCGGCACCUUGACCGGAGCUCUGGUUGGAGGUGUGGGGACUCUUGUUGUCGGAGGAUUGGGAAGCGGUAUAGGCUCGGCUGUUGGCGCACUCCAUGGACCAUGGCUCAAGUCUGAAGAGGCGCUUCAAGAUGGUCUUGGCAAGAUUACGGGAGCAUUGCCGAACUGGACAGCGACGAGCGAGCAGAAAGAGCAACUGGAGAAGAUCAUGGGGCAGAUUGAGAAGCAAGAUACACCGACUGACGAAGAACUGAAGGCGAUGACGGGUGGCGAUACCUAGGAAGCGGUGUUGAGAUGUGUCCGCGUGCAAUCAGGCAAUGAAGUUAAGCGGGUCGCGUGGACGACUUCGCUGUCUCGAGACGAUAUUAACUCAUGCGGUCUCGUAGCUUCCUGGGUCUGAGUCACCACACUCAAAGAAAAGCGAUAGAAAAUCCGUAGAUUCUGUGGUCGCACCGUCGCAGCGAUUUUGCAACUUUGCUACCCGCAUCACCGAUCGUCCUUUGCAACCUUCCCCACCGACCCACUCUCACAUACUCGGACGAACAGGCCCGCCCGUCGACAUUUGCCA